AUGAAGUCCGCCGUCGUUAUCUUUGCUCUCUUCACCGUCGCCAUGGGCCAGUUCGUCAAGGUACCCCGAGCAAAUGGCAAGAUCUCCAGCCGACAGGACGGUGGUGUCGAGGUCCAAGGCGCCGCCAUGACCAAUGCAAACGGAGAUGUCAUCCCAUUUGACUCCGAGAACGUUUACAAGGCCGCAAGCCAAUAA